UAUGUCAGCGAUAACGAUCCCAAUUCGGACCGUGCCUCUGUCGCUUGCGGAGUCGGACCGAAGCGAGAGCAGACAGUUCAUUGGCUGCGUGGCCGCUCGGGGCGUAGUGCAGCGAGAGAGUAGUACGUUAUAUAAAAUGCCAGACGCUCUCCGAUCUCGUUUGAUUGGAAUUGCACCUCACAGUGACCGAGCCGGACAGUGGGGAAUGUCCACCGCCGAUGAACUCAUGCCACGGCCGGGACAGAGAGAAAUGAGGUGCGCGAAAACCAGAGUGAAAACCACGGCGCUGGUCGCUCUGGUGCUGUUCUCGCUGCUGCUCAUCUUCCUCGCCGCCCUGUUGAUCCGGACCUACACGUUUCCCGCCGAGCAGCAAGCGGCAAUCGGUCAUCGUGCAGCCCUCACCGCGAACUUCAGCCUGAGCGAGAGAAGGGUGAUGCUGGACAACUUCAGGGGAGCUCUGAGGAUUGCCACCGUGUCUCGGGGCGUCUCCGACUUCAACACGUCCGCACUGCGAGAGUUCGGCGACCAUCUGUCUCAAGUGUUUCCAAACGUGUUUUCCUCACCCGUUGUGCACCAUGAGACCGUUGCCAACUAUAGUCACCUGUUCACCGUCAGUGGCUCCAAUGACUCUCUCCAGCCAUACAUCCUGAUCGCCCACUUGGAUGUGGUCCCUGCAGUAGAAGAAGAAUGGGAGGUCCCACCAUUCUCUGCGGAGGAGCGCAAUGGCUACUUGUACGCACGGGGCUCUUUGGACGACAAGUUAUCUGUCAUGGGAAUUCUCCAAAGCUUGGAAUUGCUUUUGGAACGAGGCUACAAACCACAUCGAUCUUUUUAUAUUGGAUUAGGACACGAUGAAGAGGUCGGAGGGUACAAUGGCGCCAGGAACAUUGCCACAGUCCUGCAGUCCAGAGGAGUGAAGCUCGCCUACCUCCUCGACGAGGGUUCAGCCAUCUUCGAUGAAAUAAUACCUGGACUGGAGAAGCAGGUUGCAAUGAUUGCCACGUCUGAGAAGAGCUCUGCAACUAUUGGUCUGAGUGUGACCACAACUUCUGGCCACUCCUCGAUUCCUCCGAAGGAGACAAGCAUUGGAAUUUUGGCAGCAGCAGUGUCCAGGCUGGAGCGUAACCCGAUGCCCAGAAUGUUUGGACAGGGUCCAGAGCGUGGAUUGUUUGAACACUUGACUCCCCAGCUUCCUUUCCCCCUGAACAUGGUCAUGGCCAACCUGUGGCUGUUUGCACCACUAGUCAGCAGGAUUAUGGAGAAGAAACCAUCGACCAACAGUCUUGUGAGGACAACUACUGCAGUGACAGAGUUUCACGCUGGAAUUAAGGCAAACGUGAUUGCUUCUUCUGCAAGAGCAAUAGUGAAUUUCCGCCUUCACCCAGCUCACAGGCUAGAAGAGCUGCUUCAGCAGAUCCAGCAUAUUAUUUCAGACGAGCGAGUUAAGAUUGAAGUUCUAGAAUCGAGUCCUCCGAUUCCAAUGAGUUCCUAUGAUGACGACGCCUUUGGGUACCAAGUUAUCAAAGCAACAAUUGGCAAUAUUUUCCCUGAUGUGACCGUCACUCCAGGCCUCUGCAUUGCAAGUACUGACACCAAGCACUACCAGAACCUGACCACAGAACUUUAUAGAUUUACCCCAAUUAUCUUGAAGGAAGAGGACAUUUCUCGGGUGCAUGGUGUGAAUGAAAGAAUAUCUGUGAAGAACUAUGAAGAGGUGGUUCAAUUUUAUUUUACCUUGAUACAGAACUCAGACUCCUAGUUCCCACAGUUCCUCCUACGAUCUGCAGAGAAAGAGCCAACAGAAGACCCCAGAUCAAUGCAAUCUUGAAACGUAUGAAGUUCUCACAAACCUCGCCAGCAGUUAAUUCCUUCCACAGCUCUUGAAGUGGAUUCAGAAAAAAAAACACGCAACCUCAUUUCUGCGUAUCAAAGGAUAAACUUUCGAUGGCACAUGCUUCUGGAAUGUCGAGGCACGUGGGUGUUUGGAACAGGGUAUCCGUAGAACUGGUUUACUAAGUCUUCCUGAAAGGAUGAGGAAGUUGUUCUCCAGAGCAGUCCGGGACAUGUUGGAGGUGUGGAUACCAGUGGGGGAAAUCGCUCCUUCAAACUGCUGUCCCUUACUAGCGGAAUCACUUGAUAAUGGACAAUUCAGAGAAGCUGAGGAACAUCUGAACCCAGAUGAACUUUUCUUGUAGCAGAACGCGCUGUUGCUGUUCAACGAACUCAUGAAGAAACACUAGGAGAUAAAUAAAUGGGACCUUCACAUUGCUUGUAAAAGCAGGACCUCGUCUAAUUCUAAUCAAUGUGACUAUCAGUUAACUAUAAUAUGAUUUAUCACCACAGUCACAGGCUGGAAAUACUCCGCAGGUCAGAUUCAAAAGGCAUCUAUGGAUGUGGAAGGAAACGGUGAAUAAUGGAUCAAGCAUGAUUGUAUUUGAAUGGCAGGACAGGCUCAAAGGGCCAAAUGGCCUACUGGUCCUACUUUGGAUUUUCUAAGCCAGGUUGCCUUCUUGUGGAGGGAAUCAGAGUUAACAUCUGACUAUUGAUCCGAAGCAUUAACCCUGAUUCCCUCUCGACAGAAGCUGGCUGACAUUGUAUCUUGUGUCUUAUAAUGACAUAAGAUGAAACUGUGCAGUCCUGAAGAUCUGUACCAUCAUCCAGGGGUGCAAUUCCUAUUAAUCUCUCCCUCCUCUCCCCUGCAAUUACCACACGGCCACCAGUUUCCCUUCACGUGUUUUUGCCAUCGACCUAUAUACACAGUAACGGACACAAAAUGAUGGAGGAACUCAGCAGGCCAGGCAACAUCUAUGGAAAAGAGUAAGCGGUCGAUGUUUUGGGCCGAGACCCUUCACCAGGACGGGAAAAGAAGAUGAAAGCUGCCAGGAUAAAAAGGUAAGGGGGGGUGGGGGCCCAUCUUCAGGAUUCGGCCCAAAACCUCUUUUCCAUAGAUACUGCCUGGCCUGCUGAGUUCCUCCAGCAUUUUGUGUAUUUUUAUAUACGCAGUCUCCAAUUUACCUACCAGCACGGCGUUGUAAUGUUGGAAACCAGGGAGCUGACAGAAAGCCGACCGGUCACAGAGAGACCUGCUGAGUAUUUCCGGCAUUUUUGCCAUUUACUGCAUCUGGAGUACUUCACUUUUAAACUGCACAAAUCCACGUGAUUACUCUGCAGUGAGUACUUUGCUAGAUAUGCAGACCAUUGCACAACCUCGAAUCCAGUCACAGCACAGGGAAAUUUAAAUUAAUCUAAAUAAUUAGCAACUCACAUCAACAGCGACCAUGGAACUUUGAUCUGAGAACUCUACCCUCCUUUCUGUGUGACUCCAUACUCAUCAGUAUGGAUUGACUGUUAACUGUUAAAGACAAUUAAGGAGGGACAUUAAUUGCUGGUGUUACCGAUAAAUGCCUUCUCUACAUAUCAUUCAAUGUCUUUUGAGUGAUGUAGAUUUUAUGGAAUUAUAUUUAACAUAUAAUAUUUUCAAUAUAAUAUUUAUUGACCAAAGUUAAUGUAUAUUAAUUUCAAUCUUAUAUAAGUUAUAAUGCUGAAGUUUACACUGUUCUGUCAAGGGAAUUUUUUCCAACCAGUCUCCUGAAUUCUCUUGUCAGAUCAGUAUAUUAGUUAUUGCCAUAAUAAAUAUUUUUGAGUGGUUGAAUUAAAGUCUUUCAGGAUCAUGUA